UCAAGGGUGUUUAGUCUGCAGCUGAACAGUGAGAGGGAAAGAGGAUCUCUCAGAAAAGAUACAGUGCAGAUUCAGCUAGCACUCUGCAAUAAAUGGAUACUAACUGCAGAAGGAGAAAACAAUGAUGUGACAAAUUUCGUCCUUGAAGAGGAGCAGGAAAACAAAUGAGAGAGAUUGGAUUGCAUACAGAUUGUAUCUGGAAAUCCUGACACGGUGUGUAUACCAAAAAAAAAAAAAAGUUUUCUGAGAUAUACUAAGAUAUUAAUACUUUGCUGUAUUAUAAAAGACUUUUUCAAGUUUUAAAGUACCAAAUGUGUACUGGGUUUAAGGUACCAAAGGAAGUUGAAAGAACUGCUUUUUAACUUGCUUGGAGAAAUGAAUUGCAAAAACUUACAAAUGCACCAAAUCAGUAGCAAAAUGCACUUUAUGUUCCUUUUUGUACUGAUGAUAAUAUCUUUCAGUAAAGAUGUGCUAGGCAAAAAUUUGAAAUACAGGAUUUAUGAGGAGCAGAGAGUUGGAUCAGUAAUUGCAAGACUAUCAGAGGAUGUAGCUGAUGUUUUAUUUAAAAUUCCUAACCCUUCUUCAGUUCGUUUUCGAGCCAUGCAAAGAGGGAAUUCUCCCUUACUGGUAGUCCGAGAGGAUAAUGGAGAAAUCCGCAUAGGAGCUAAAAUUGACCGGGAACAACUCUGCCAGAAAAACUUAAACUGCUCUAUAGAGUUUGAUGUGAUUACUUUGCCUACUGAACAUCUGCAGCUUUUCCAUGUUGAAGUUGAAGUGCUGGAUAUUAAUGACAACUCUCCCCAGUUUUCCAGAUCUCUCAUCCCUAUUGAAAUAUCAGAGAGUGCAGCUGUAGGAACUCGGAUCCCUUUGGACAGUGCUUUUGAUCCAGAUGUUGGGGAAAAUUCUCUACACACUUAUUCACUGUCUGAAAAUGAUUUUUUUAAUAUUGAAGUGCGAACCAGGACUGAUGGUGCCAAAUAUGCAGAACUCAUUGUGGUUAGAGAAUUGGACCGGGAGUUGAAGUCAAGCUACGAACUUCAACUCACUGCUUCAGAUAUGGGGGUACCUCAGCGAUCUGGAUCGUCUAUCCUAAAAAUAAGUAUUUCUGAUUCUAAUGAUAACAGUCCUGUUUUUGAGCAACAAUCAUAUAUAAUUCAGCUCUUAGAAAAUUCACCAGUGGGUACUUUGCUCAUAGACCUCAAUGCUACUGAUCCAGAUGAGGGCGCUAAUGGUAAAGUCAUGUAUUCUUUCAGUAGUCAUGUGUCUUCCAAAAUUAUAGAGACUUUUAAAAUAGACUCAGAGAAAGGCCAUCUGACCCUCCUGACACAAGUGGACUAUGAAAUCACCAAAUCCUAUGAAAUUGAUGCCCAAGCUCAAGAUUUGGGUCCAAAUUCUAUCCCAGCUCAUUGCAAAAUUAUCAUUAAAAUUGUGGAUGUCAACGACAACAAACCUGAAAUUAAUUUAAACCUGAUGUCCCCUGGGAAUGAGGAAAUAGCUCACAUUUCUGAAGGGUCACCUGUGGACACUUUUGUUGCCAUAGUCAGGGUGCAAGACAAGGACUCUGGCGUGAAUGGAGAGAUAGUUUGCAAGCUUCAUGGGCAUGGCCACUUUAAACUUCAAAAGACUUAUGAAAAUAACUAUUUAAUUUUGACUAAUGCUACUCUAGAUAGAGAAAAGAGAUCUGAAUACAGUUUGACUGUAAUAGCUGAAGACAAGGGGACACCAAGUCUCUCCACAGUGAAACAUUUUAGUGUCCAAAUCAGUGAUGAAAAUGACAACCCACCCCGCUUCCAGACAAACAGAUAUGAAGUUGUUAUCUUAGAAAAUAACUCUCCAGGUGCAUACAUCACAUCUGUCACAGCCACAGAUCCAGAUUUAGGGGACAAUGGACAGGUCACAUACACUAUUUUGGAAAGCUUUAUUUUGGGAAGUUCUAUAACCACCUAUGUGACCAUUGACCCAUCCAAUGGUGCAAUCUAUGCACUCAGAACUUUUGAUCAUGAAGAAGUAAAUCAGAUUGCCUUUGUGGUUCAAGCUAGAGAUGGAGGGAGUCAGCAACUUGUUAGUAAUACCACAGUUGUGCUAACUAUUAUUGAUGAAAAUGAUAAUGCUCCUGUCAUUGUGGGACCAGCACUACGCAAUAACACUGCAGAAAUCUCAAUCCCUAAAGAUGCUGAGAGUGGCUUCCAUGUGACUAGGAUAAAGGCUAUAGACAGAGACUCUGGUAUGAACUCAGAACUAAGCUGUUCCAUAAUAGCUGACAAUGAAGAAAACAUAUUUGUAAUGGACCCAAGAUCAUGUGACAUCUAUAUGAAUGUUAGCAUAGAAUCUGUUUUAUCUAAAGAAUGGGAAUUUUUUGUGAUAGUUCAGGAUAAAGGCAGCCCUCCACUCAGUACCAAAGCACUUCUGAAAUGUACUGUUUUGGAAUAUGUUUAUCCAAUUCCAAGCACAGAAGCUACUUUUAUUAGCCAGCCCUCUCUGGAUGUUUCUAUGAUAACAAUUAUCUCACUUGGAUCAAUAUGUGCAGUGUUGUUGGUCAUUAUGGUUAUCUUUGCUACAAGAUGCAAUCGAGAGAAAAAGGAUACAAGAUCCUACAACUGCCGUGUGGCAGAAUCAACUUACCAGCACCACCCAAAAAGACCAUCAAGACAGAUUCACAAAGGUGACAUUACACUUGUACCUACUGUUAAUGGCACUUUACCCAUCAGAUCUCACCACAGAGCUUCUCCUUCAUCAUCUCCAACCUUAGAAAGAGGACAAAUGAGCAGCCGACAAAGCCAUCAUAGUCACCAAUCACUUAACAGUCUAGUGACAAUCUCAUCAAAUCAUGUGCCAGAGAAUUUCUCACUGGAACUGACCCAUGCUACUCCUGCUGUUGAGCAGGUCUCUCAGCUUCUUUCAAUGCUUCAUCAGGGCCAAUAUCAGCCAAGACCAAGUUUUCGAGGAAACAAAUAUUCCAGAAGCUACAGAUACGCCCUACAAGAUAUGGAUAAAUUUAGCUUGAAAGAUAGUGGCCGUGGUGAUAGUGAAGCAGGAGACAGUGAUUAUGAUUUAGGUAGAGAUUCUCCAAUUGACAGACUUCUUGGGGAAGGAUUCAGUGACCUUUUCCUUACGGAUGGGAGAAUUCCUGCAGCAAUGAGGCUAUGCACAGAGGAAUGUAGAGUUCUCGGACACUCUGACCAAUGCUGGAUGCCACCUCUGCCCUCUCCAUCUUCUGAUUACAGAAGUAACAUGUUUAUUCCGGGGGAGGAAUUUCAGCCACAGCAGCAGCAGCAGCAACAGCAGGCAUUUGACGAAGAUUCACAGCCUGUUGAGUCCAAUGAAAAGAAAAAGAGCUUUUCAACAUUUGGUAAAGACUGUCAAAAUGAGGAAGAGUCAGAGGACAUCUGUACUUCAUCUCUCCUCUCUGAAAUGAGCAGCGUUUUUCAGCGCCUGUUGCCUCCUUCACUGGACACCUAUACAGAAUGCAAUGAAAUGAAUCGCUCAAACUCACUGGAGCGCAGGAAGGGACAUUUACCAGCCAAGACUGUAAGUUACCCACAAGGAGUGGCAGCAUGGGCAGCCAGUACACAUUUCCAAAACCCUGCAAACAACACUGGGGUCAUGCUAGGGACUCACUCAAGUGCACAACCUUCCUCUAAAUGGCUGCCAGCCAUGGAAGAAAUCCCAGAAAACUAUGAAGAAGAUGACUUUGACAAUGUGCUUAACCACCUCAGUGAUGGUAAACAUGAACUAAUGGAUGCCAGUGAGCUGGUAGCAGAAAUUAACAAGCUGCUGCAAGAUGUCCGGCAGAAUUAGAGUGUUUUUUAUAUCAUAUUUUUCCAUAUUUAUGGAAAACUGGGAGGAAAAAGAACCAGAAUGAAAAGAACUGGCAUUGCCAAGUAGUUGCAUUUAUCAUAAAUGUGUCUGUGUAUGUUGAAUAUUAAAAUACUGUAUUUUCAUAUGUACACAAUGCAAGUGUGAUUAUCUUUAUCUGUAUUUUAAAAAUACAUUUGUACCUUAUAUUUAUGUGUAAUUUAACAAAUAAAUUUUAUUUUUGUACUCCUAUGGCAAGCAUGUUUUCCUAAGUGUAUAUAACUGGCACCAUUUGACUUUCUUGCCAAGCAGGUGUGUAAACUAAAUCAAAGACAGGGAUGUUGCUUUUCACAGUUUUGUAAAGAGUUUCAAAUGUUACAGCACAGGCCCAACCCCACUGAAACAUUAUCCAUACAUUAGUUUCAGUAACUGAACCAACACCUUAUUGCAAUGUU